UGCUCUGGACUCUAUCAUUCCAGACCAAAGUAAUCGCCUCCAGUGUUAUGAUGAGGGACUUCCUGGUCAGCAGUACCCUCAUAGGAAAAAAUAAUACGUGAUGUUUCAUGUCACAAUGGUCGUGUCAUGAUAUCAUUGCGAUUUUAAUAUUUUUUAAAACCAAAGAUAAGGUCCUCCCAGUAAAACUCGUCAAAACAAUCAUACGUCGGGUGGCUAGUGACCUAGCGUCAGCGAUUAUUGUGUAUUAGCAAUGUCCGCUUCUGCUGGAUGCUCCCCGGCGGGCCACAACGCGGCCCUCGGCCCCGGUAUGUCAAUGUUUCGCUGGCUAGAAGUGCUCGAAAAGGAGUUUGACAAAGCCUUCGUGGACGUGGAUCUGCUGCUUGGAGAAAUAGACCCUGACCAAGUGGACAUUACGUACGAGGGUCGGCAGAAAAUGACCAGCCUUAGCUCUUGUUUUGCUCAGCUGUGCCACAAAUCUCAGACUGUUUUCCAACUUAACCACAAAUUAGAGGCCCAGCUGUUGGAUCUUCGCUCUGAGCUAACUGAAGCCAAGGCAGAGCGGGCCGUUGUUGAAAGAGAAGUCCAUGACCAGUUACUGCAGCUUCACGCGCUCCAGCUGCAGCUCCACGACAAGCAAGGGCAAGCUCCAGACUCCGACUCCAUCAAAGACAGACUUCCAGCACCAACACUGGAACAGAUGCAACAAGAGCUGGAGGCCAGCAAGAAGGGGAAAUUGGCAGAGGCAAGACUUGAGGCUGACGUGAGACUUUAUAAGAAAGAAAAUGAAGCUCUUCGUCGACACAUGGCGGUUCUACAGGCUGAGGUGUACGGUGCUCGACUGGCUGCAAAAUAUUUGGACAAAGAACUUGCUGGCCGAGUGCAGCAAAUUCAGUUACUGGGCCGUGACAUGAAAGGGCCGGCACACGACAAGCUGUGGAACCAACUUGAAGCAGAGAUACACCUUCACCGCCACAAGACCGUUAUCAGGGCAUGCAAGGGGCGCAAUGAUCCGAAGAAACCGCUUCCCUCCCCUGUUGGGCAUGAUCCAGACUUGCUGAAGAAAACCCAGGGAGUAGGACCUAUCAGGAAGGUUUCACUCAUCAAAGAAGACCAUGAGGGUCUUGGUAUCUCCAUCACGGGAGGAAAGGAGCACGGUGUUCCAAUUCUCAUCUCCGAGAUCCACCCGAGCCAGCCUGCGGACCGGUGCGGUGGCUUGCAUGUCGGUGACGCCAUCUUGGCUGUCAACAGCAUCAAUCUGCGGGAUGCCAAACACAAGGAGGCUGUCACCAUUCUCUCGCAACAAUCAGGACAGAUCGAGUUUGAAGUCGUCUACGUGGCUCCCGAGGUGGACAGCGACGAUGAGAAUGUGGAGUAUGAAGACGACAACGGGCAUCGCUACAGACUCUACCUGGAUGAACUGGAGGAGAAUGGUACAGCGCCACCUAGUGGUAACUCGACAGCAGCGUCAAUAAUGGGUGUGGAGAAUAUGUCGCUGAACAACGGGACAGCAAACGGAGACACCAGACUGGCCAACGAAACCCCGUCAGAGGAAACUCCCUCCAACCCUCUCAGCUCCUCUUAAACCCACUCAGCUGCUCCAGUCAAGGAGUUUUUUUUUGUGCAAAUCUAUUUUCCGGUCCUCAAUCAAGUCUGUGCAAGCGGACGUAGUUUGUUUUCCCUUCUUUUCUAUUGAUGUUCCUACGCGUUGUUUUCGAGUGGGCUGGUGGCGAUCAUUCGGCGGUUGGCGAGAGGAUCGACUCUUUGUCGUGAGCUCUGUUACAGUCUGCAAGUUUUGUACCCAAUUUGCUGGCAUGUAUAGCAGUGGCUUAACAUAUGUGCAAAUAGCAAUGGAGAUCUGCAGUGAUGUUCGAAGGGCGAAUGAGAACUUUAUGCAUGUCGUCCCAAACUAACAGAAAAAGCACGGUAAAUGGAAAGGUUGUUUGUUAACAAUAAUAAUUAUUUAUCUAAACCCUUUCAUGAAGGAAACACCAAGUACUUUUGAGUCCCUCCAAAAACAGUACGUUAGUUUUAGAAGGUUUUAAAUGGCAAACCUUGAAAGUGGGAAACGUUCUGAGCAUUACCUGACAUUUUAAUGAUGUGUUGUCACGUUAUUUCCACUGUAUGUACAUUUUUUUCUAGUUAUUUUAUUGUAAUAGACUCGGACUCACUGAAUAUCACAGACAUGGAAAUCGCAGAAAGACCUUUGUGUGCUUCUCCCGCUUGAAAGUGGAAAUCUUAGUAAACCAAAACUUGCUGACCUUAACACGUUUACAUGAUGUUGUUUUGCUUUUAUCUGGUUCCUAUUGUUUGUACUGAAGCUUUUCACUCUUAUGCCUCUUUGUUAGUAAAUGUAUUCCAAGCAAUUUAUCCUGCCUUUAAAUAAAGUUGCGCUCUAUCUUGAUCUGUUAUU